CUGUCUCUCACGAUCAAAGUGACCGAGGAAGGAGGCGGGAAAGAGAGGCGAGAUCGAGCCGCGUGCUCCGAUACACGUAAUCCGUGAAUCGUAAUAAACAUUUUUGUGGAGACCGCAGAGACCGCGUUGAUACUUGUGAGCGGUAGUGUACGCACGGUGUCGAAAGAGGAAGGAGAGGAGGAGAUGGGAUGAAGCGCAGAGCACGCAGAGGACCUCGGAGCCAGGCCGAUCGCGAAGCGGGAACGAGACGAGGAAGCGGCGAACAGGGGCACGAAGAGGAGAGGUUGACCGCGUCUACGUAGCAUCGUAUGAGAAGAGUGUAUCACCGGCACCGAACUCCGAUCGGACCGCUAGUGUUCCGACGACGAUCGUGACCACCACUUCUCCGUCGCUUCUGUUUCGUCGUUUCUGUUUCUCUUCCCUCCCUCUCUCUCUCUCUCUCUGUCUCUCCCUCUCUCUCUCUUUUCUCUAUCUUCCUUUUCACUGCCCCUUCCAUUUCACUCCGUUUUCGUCCCCGUCUCCGUUCAUCUCUUCUCACCUACGCCGACUUCAUCAUCCACUUCUUUUCUUUUUCUAUUCGUUAUCCCUCUUUCUCACGUUCAUUUUUUUAGUACCUGUUCCCAUAUAUUUAUUUUCUCAUCCCACCCCAUCCUUGUAACUUCGUUCCUCGAAUUUUCAUUUUGUUCACUUCCCACCCUCUCCCAGAACGGUCGAGCCCCCGAUUGAAUCUUAUCGAGGCUACCCCUACGGUUCUUCGAAGCUUUUGGAAGCCACGAGCUUUCUCAUUUUACUGCAGAUCAGAACUUCAAAUAGUGAUGGACCGGUGAAAUCCUGAAGAGCCGCUUGUGAGGAACGCCACCUGCCCGAGAGGUGGCGAUUGCGGGGGAGACUGCGUACGAAGUGUCGGGAUAUACUAUGCCUACGUACAUAAGUUCAUACAGUGCGUCGCGUCCUCGCCGCGAUCGUUUGUGCACGCAGGUGUUUUUUAACCAGUGUCGUCAGUGUCGUACCGCCACGUGACCGCCGGAAGAACGCGACAAUUCGACGGACGGUCUAACGGCGUAAAGAGAAACUUGCUUCCACUUAUUGUAAAAUAGUAUAUAUAGGACUCUUAAGAGGAUUCCCGAUCUGACCAAAACCAUGCUUUAUCCACUGAUGCUCCAAACGAUCAUCGUUAUUCUGCAGAUCUUUCCUCAAGCCCGGCUUCAUCGACCGAACGUCAGAGGUGUGUACACCCUGCCCGAGCACAUCCACAAGCACGAGAUAGUGAUACCCCGAAAAGUGACCCAUAGGGGUGAGUUUAUCUCGCACAACGUGACCCACCAUCAUCACGAGUAUGGGCCAACGGUCCAUUAUCGAUUGUCAGUGGCCGGUAACGAGUACCACGUCGAGCUGACCGGCACCGACGACUUCAUCGGGCCUGGGAUGAUCGUCGAAAGGCGGAAGCGUAACGCGCACGUGCGCGCGCGCCCGAAAAAUCAGUCGAGCAAGUGCCAUUAUCGGGGUUUCAUUCAGGGACACGCGAAUUCCCAUGUCGCCCUCUCAGCCUGCGACGGCCUGGCGGGUGUGCUUCAUGGUGAUCACGGCGAGUUCUGGUUGGAACCAGUGGCUGUGUCCCCGGAAGAGGAGGAACGACAACGGGAGCGGGUCCGGGUGGAAGACGCCGACGCCGACACGCACCGGAACUCGAAUUCGACGAGCCUCGGCAGACCGCAUCUCGUGUUCCGCAGGUCUAUAGCCGAGCAACCGCAGCUCGAGAUCGGCCGAGCUAAACGGCGACGAAAAAAGAAGAGAAAACUCGAGAGGAACUGUGGCACUCGUGAACCGAGGCGGUUGACUGAAACACGGCUGGAAUGGCAGUCGCAGCCUGGGUUGGUGCAGGUUCAAGGACGGGGGCGAAGAAAGCAGCAUCAGACGAAACGGUGGCAUCAACGCUCCAGGAGAUCGAUCAGCCGGCCGCGUCACGUCGAGGCCCUGGUUGUCGCUGACACUACGAUGAUGGCUUUCCAUCAGGACGGCGACGUCGAGACGUAUCUGCUGACCAUCAUGAACAUGGUGUCGUCUCUCUACCUAGAUCCGACCAUCGGGAAUUUCAUCAACAUCGUCGUCGUUAGGAUCAUCCUCGUCGAGGAAGAGGACGCGGAGGAAGGGCUGGACAUAACUGUGAAUGCGGAUAAAACGCUGUAUAAUUUCUGCAAGUGGCAACAGAAACUGAAUCCGGCGGACGACUCGCACCCGAAUCAUCAUGACGUGGCGAUCCUCGUGACAAGGGAGGACAUUUGCUCGAGGGCGAACACGCCGUGCAGCACUUUGGGAGUGGCCCACGUAGCCGGAAUGUGCCAGCCGGACCGCAGCUGCAGCGUCAACGAGGACAAUGGGAUCACGCUCGCGCACACCGUCACCCACGAGCUGGGCCACAACUUCGGCAUGUACCAUGACACAGAAAAGAUCGGAUGCAGCAAACGGGAUGGUGACACCCUUCACGUGAUGACCCCGACCUUCGAGGUAGAUACCAUCGGCGUCGCUUGGUCCAGAUGUUCUAGGAGAGAUAUCACUAAUUUCUUGGAUCAAGGAAAAGGGGAAUGUCUAGAAGACGAGCCCGCGGACAAUGACUACACAUAUCCAGACCUACCACCUGGCGCGAUGUACAACGCGGAACACCAGUGCAGGCUUCAGUUCGGCGUCAAGGAGGCCUCCGUCUGUUCCCCCUUGCAAGAGAUCUGCUCGAAACUGUGGUGCAUCGUCGACGGGGCAUGCACCACCAUGCUUCAUCCGGCUGCACCUGGAACACAUUGCGGUAAACACAUGUGGUGUCAGAACCAAGAAUGCGUACCGAUUGUGGACAGGCCCCGUCAGAUCGAUGGUGGAUGGGGCGAGUGGGGCUCGUGGAGCAAGUGCUCGAGGACCUGUGGCGCGGGCGUCUCGAUAGUCGAGCGGAAAUGCGACCACCCGGAACCGGCGCACGAGGGUAAAUUCUGCAUCGGCGAGAGGCGCCGGUACAAGAUCUGUAAUACGGAACCAUGCCCAGAGGGAACGCCCAGCUUCAGGGCGGUCCAGUGCAGCAAUUACGACGACAAGGCUUAUAAAGGGAAGAAUUACACUUGGCUGCCUUACUUCGAUCAGACGGAGCCCUGCGAAUUAUACUGCACCGAUACAGAGGAGAGCGUGAUUGUUCCAUGGGGUGAAGCCGCUCUCGACGGUACGCCAUGCAACGUCGGUACCAGGGAUAUGUGCAUCGCCGGGAUCUGUCGCAAGGUUGGCUGUGACUGGGCAGUCGAUUCGGAUGCCACGGAGGAUCGUUGCGGGAUCUGUCAUGGGGAUGGGACACAGUGCGAAACGACGGGAGGUGUUUACGAUAAGAACGACGGGCCAGGUUACAAGGAAGUUAUCGUAGUUCCCACAGGUUCGAGGAAUAUAAAGAUCGAAGAGAUUGGGAACAGUAGAAAUUACAUCGGUAUAGGUGUGCCGAACUCUGAAAAAUACUUCCUUAAUGGAAAGAGGCAGAUAACUUUAGCAGGUGAAUACGAAGUAGCCGGGACACCAGCUCUCUAUGAGCGCGAUCGCGAUAAGGAAAAAGUCCGAAUUCCCGGUCCUAUCAAAGAAGAUAUCGCAGUCUACUUGAUUUCCAGAGGACACUAUCGAAAUUUUGGACUGCGAUACGAGUACACCGUGCCGAAAAAAGAGCCCGACCGGGCCCCGGAGUACUCGUGGUUAUUUUCCGAUUGGUCGUUAUGUACGGCCACUUGCGGUGGCGGCACGCAACUCUCGAAAGCGGUUUGUAACGAGAAGAAGAGUGGCGUUGUCGAGGAUCACUUUUGCGAAGCCAUCGAAAAGCCGGAAUCGAUCUUGCGGGAAUGCAAUUUAAAUCCCUGCCCGGCCAGAUGGUGGGUCGGACCGUGGCAGAUGUGUCCAGUGACAUGCGGAGAAGGGGCCCUUCGGAAGCGAUCGGUUAUGUGCGUUUCUUCGGGAAUGGGUCCGGACAGAUCGGACCUCGCCCUGCCCGAUCACGACUGUAAUCGCAACGCGAGGCCCGAGGAAGUCGGUCCCUGUCCCAAUCUACCACCCUGCACUUCGACCGAGCCGCCUUUGAUCGUUUAUGCGGACAGCAAAGACGCCUCUUUUUACAACGUGAGCUCCAGCGAUCAGGACGGCAUCACGAUCGUCGAUAGUCUAACAACCGAGGAACCGGAGAUUCUCGAAUUCGACAACGUGGUCGACGAGAAUCCGGAAAAUUCUAUGUACAACACCAAGUCAAAGUGGAUCGUCUCGAAGUGGAGCCAAUGCUGGAACGGGAAACGGUCCCGGAAGGUGACGUGUUCGACGCAGGGAGACUGCAACUCGGACAACAGACCGACGACUGUCGAAUCGUGUCAGGGCGCACGAUGGGUUACCGGAAAAUGGAAAUCGUGCAACGCGACCUGUCAGACCAGGAUCGGCGUUAAACACAGGGAGGUCGAGUGUCGUGACCGUAUAACGGAGUUACUGUCCGACGAAUGCAACACCGAGAGAAGGCCAAUCGAUACGAAGCGGUGUUAUCACAGGCGGCAAUGCGCCAACGAUAAAUCCGAUUGCAAGGAUACUAUCGUCCCGGCAUCAAUGUGCGCGAUAUACAGACGCAUGUGCGACGUGUCAUCGAUCGUACAAGAAAAAUGUUGCGCCACGUGUUUGAAAAAACGGAGACACGGUCGACACAAUAGAAGAUAUAUUUUCAAUCGUUGAGUAUUCGAAUCGUGAUAACAGGACCAGAGUUUAUUUUAGUCCUUCAUCGUAAAUAUAAAAAGAUAGAACAGGAUCCGUCCCAUACGCUUCGUGAUUGAUUUAAUUAAAAAAUUAUUUUUCAAUAUCGAGCUUAUUUCAAAACUGAGCAAUUACAACGAAACUGCAAAUGUUGAAGUAUUUUACAUACCUGUAAUGUAAUCGCAAACUGUAAACGAUGGUUCACCUGAGAUUCUUAACGAUAUGCUAUAAAUAUUAGUUACUGUCGUAAAGUUCGCAUGGAUAAAUAAAAAUUAGUUUUAUGAAUAAAUUGCGGAUGUUCUUGCAUUUAUGGGAAUUUAAAGAAACACAGUAUUUAGAAAUAUAUGUACAAAAAUAAAAUCCAAGUUAUACAGACGAGAGAGUAGAUGUUUAUAUGCGUUUCAUUUCUUUAAUUUUAAUUAUAAAAAUAUGGAUUUGCAUAAACAUCUGCAGUCUAUUUAUCAGCAUAUAAGUAGAUUUAAGGUCAACUUUUAUAAUUCUCGUAAUAGUAGAAACUUAACGGUGCAAAUAGAAACAAAUUAAAUUAAGCUCAAGCCUGUGUAUAGUAACCCUAGACAGAAUUUGCAAUUUCACGAAUUUGAUAUUUUACUACCCCACUGUGACAUUCUUAAUAGCAUAAAAUUUCAUAAAGCAACCGUCAUCGAUAUAAUGAUUUUUAACUCGACUAUAAAUUACUGUUUAUAUAUGUGUACAUAUGUUAUAGUAAACGUGUUUACAAGCAAUGGAAUUUACAGAUUUAACAUUGUUAUAUACUUAAACAAAUAUUCGCUUGCAUUAUUCGCUGAAAAUGAACAUGUGCAAAGAAUAUCUUUUUUCUUCUUUCUAGUCACUCAACAUUGAUUAGAGCAAAUCAAAUAAUAAUCUGGGGUACGGUUUAGCCUUUAUUUCUAUUGUAGCUUAGACUCCUCAAGUGUUAAUUAGGCUUGCACAGUUGAUACUCUUUUAUAAAACUCCAUUAAUAUAUUUACAUUUACACUUUUACUAUAGCACAUAGA